CGUAGAAAUCCAUUGGGGACAUGACACAGAACAGUUUUUUUUUGGUAUUCCCUAAGGAGUACGUGGUCUCACCACAAUGCGGAAAGAUUCAAGGAAAACGAUUUUCAGUGAAAUUCAAGGAACAUACGCGACCCCAAAGAAAAGUUCCAAUUCUCCAUCUCUCGACAUGGCUCGUACCAAGCCUAGAUCUCGAAAAUCUGCUGGUAGCAAGGCGUCUCCGAAACAACUUGCCGACAAUGCCUCUUCCGAGAGUGCCCCAGCAAACACUUCGGAAAAUGGAAAAAGUUCGGAAGAUGUGAUUGACAAGGAGAAAGAAGAAAACGUGACUGAAGAAGUUGAAGCAAACGAUCUUACUGCAACAACGGAAGCCAAAGCUGUUAAACGAUCCCAACCUGCGAGGAACAGUGCGAAGGCUCCGAAGAAACCCAAGGUAGAAGAAGAUGACGAGGAUGAAAAUAAAGAAGAAGAAGAAUCAAAGCAAUCUUCACCCAAACCACUGUCUAAAAAACAGAAGCAGAAGCAGAGAAAGAAAGCAAAGCAGCAAACACCAAAAUCUGGAGUGGUUACGCAGCUUCAAAAGAAGGCAAGUCCACCUGCUGCCACUAAACCGAAAACUCAACCAAAGAAAAAAACCAAGAGCUAAUGUUUUUUCACGCAAUAAUAAUUUCUUUCAUUACUGAAUUGUACAUAAGGCACUUUUAAACGGAGUACUAUACAAUACAAACAAGAAAGUAAAAAAAUAA